AUGGGCCUUACACUAGAUCGCCCCAUUGUUCCAUCCCCAGUGGUAAAGAAGUUAAGGCUGUUCCAGACGAAAUCCCAGGCUUACAGGAUCCCAGCUCUGCUCUACGUUGCCCAGCACCACAUCGUCUUAGCAUUUGCCGAGCAGAGGGCCAGCAAGGCCGAUGAGCAGGCCAAGGACAUCGUCCUGCGCAGAGGGAAAUACCAGACAUCAACCUACCAGGUGGAGUGGCAAGAGAUGAAGGUGGUGAAGACAGCUCAUCUGCCAGGCCACCGCUCCAUGAACCCCUGCCCUGUGUAUGACGAGGUCACAGGCACCCUGUUUCUGCUGUUCAUAGCUGUCGAGGGCCAGGUUACUGAACACGAGCAGAUCCACACUAAGACCAAUGCAGUGCGUCUAUGCUAUGUGACCAGCAAGGACCAGGGGAAGACCUGGAGCUCUGUCAAGGACCUCACCCAGUCUGCCAUUGGGCCAGCCCACAAACAGUGGGCAACUUUCUCCAUUGGACCAGGCCAUGGUGUACAGCUACACAACCGCUCUCGGAGCCUGGUAAUCCCCGCCUAUGCUUAUCGGAUCCUUGGGCCUCAAAAGCCCACUUCCUAUGCCUUCUGCUUCUUCAGCGAUAAUCACGGGAAGACAUGGAAGAUGGGAGAUUUUAUAACCAUGGGGAACACCUUGGAGUCCCAAGUGGCAGAAGUGGAUGGCCAUGGCUGGAGGGUCCUGUACUGUAACUCCAGAAGCACCCUAAGGGCGAGGGUCCAGGCAGUCAGCCAGGAUGAUGGAGAACACUUCACGGGUGCUCAACGGAUCAAGAAACUGGUGGAACCACCACUGGGCUGCCAUGGAAGUGUGAUUGGUUUCCCAAAUCCCACCAAAAAUGCCUCGGGCUCUGUGGAUACCUGGCUACUCUACUCGCAUCCCAAAGACCCACUGAAGCGGAAGGAUCUGGGCUUGUAUCUUAAUAGGGAUCCCUUGGACCCAGAAGGCUGGACCAAGCCAGUUACCCUGAUAAAAGGCGACUGUGCUUACUCAGACCUCCAGUACAUGGGGCCAGGCCCCAAUGGGUCACCCCAGUUUGGCUGCUUGUUUGAAUAUGACAAUUAUAAUGAAAUCCUUUUUGUCAUGUUUACUCUUGAGCAAGCUUUCCCAUCCUAA